UUAAUUGGAAGAAAUUUUAAAUUGGAUUAUUAUUAAUUAUUAUAUACAAAAGAGCAAUGGAUAAAUUUAGUUGCUUUUAUGAGCCUUUAAAGUUUGACGAGGCCUGCGUAAAUGUGAUAUCUGAUAAUAAUUAUACAUGGCUUUAUUCGCUUUCUACGGAUUGUUUAUCGUGUCCAUAUAAACGAAUAGCACAGAUCUCGGCUAAUGACAAUUCUAGCUUGAAAUUCAACACAGUCGAAACAAUAAAGUGGAGAGUGUUUAAGAAUAAUGGCACUAAUGAAUAUAUAUCUGCCAAAAUUACAAGCGAUAUUUUUUGCGAACUGUUACCGAAUCUAGGUCAAUAUGGAUUAUACAAAUUGAUAGUACAAAACAACACCUGCAGUUGCAGAACAUUGAGAAAUCCGACAUAUCCAUAUUCUGAAUUUUUUAUUAUUCUGGGGAUAAUUGUAUUUAGCUUAUUUGCCAUAUCUACUGGGAGAUCUUUAUGGUACAAAUUUAAGAAACAAUGUAUAAUAAACAUGAAGGAAGAAGAAAUGCCAAAUAGCAACAAAGGAGCAACAAUAAAACGUCGCAUAAAAGCUAUCGAUACAUUCAGAGGGGUCAGUACACUUUUUAUGAUUUUUAUUAACGAUGGCUCCGGUAGUUAUACCAAAUUGGGGCAUGCAACUUGGAAUGGUAUGUUACUAGGAGAUUUAGUAUUUCCUUGUUUUAUAUGGAUAAUGGGAGUUUGCAUGCCUAUAGCUUUGUCAGCGCAAUUAAAACGUGGACUUUCAAAGUUUCAAAUCAGCUAUUCCAUCUUAAAGAGAAGUUUCUUUCUAUUUCUAAUAGGCGUUGCGCUAAACACGUUAGGAACAAAUGCGCAAUUGGAAAACAUACGCAUAUUUGGAGUUCUUCAACGAUUCGGGAUUGCUUAUUUAACUGUUGGCUUGCUCUAUCUUUGUUUUACACCCCAACAAUCAACAGCUAUUCGAAACUUGCCACAAAUUUGGAUUAUACGCAAGAUGCAAGACGUGUUAAGCCUUUUGCCACACUGGUGCGUAAUGCUGACUCUAUUAACGGUGCAUUGCGCUUUAACAUUUGGUCUACCAAUCCCCGGAUGUCCUACCGGAUACCUUGGACCAGGCGGAAGACACGAAGACGGUAAAUAUUUUAAUUGUACCGGAGGUGCGGCUGGAUAUAUUGAUAGAAUUCUAUUAACUUCAAAUCAUAUUUAUCAAAGACCAAUCAUCGAUUCCGUUUAUGGAUCUGGUCCUUUUGAUCCCGAAGGAAUUUUAGGAUGCCUCAUGGCAAUAUUUCAGGUAUUUCUAGGUGUACACACUGGUGUAAUUCUAAUGAUAUAUAAAAAUUGGAAAGAACGUGUUAUCCGGUGGCUUUUAUGGGCAGUGUUUUAUGGUUGUUUGGGUUGCGCCUUUCAUUUCACUAAUUUUAUACCCGUCAACAAACAUUUGUGGUCUUUGUCAUUUGUACUUGUUUCAACUUGUUUUGCUCUGGCUUUUCUUUCCGGAUGUUAUUUGUUGAUUGAUGUUGCCAACAUUUGGCGAGGUGGCCCUUUCAGAAUACCCGGAAUGAAUGCAUUAGUGUUAUAUGUGGGCCAUAUGAUGUGUUAUCAAAUCUUUCCAUUCCAUUGGAAAAUUGGCGCAAUGGACAGUCGUGCUUUGUGUUUAAUUGAAUCAAUUUGGGUUGUAAUAUUAUGGACGGUUAUAGCAUAUGUUAUGCAUCAUAAACGAAUUUAUAUCGCACUCUAACAAUGAGUAUAAAUUUACAAUUAUUUGGUUAUAUAAUGCAGUAUAAAAUGUAGCAAUAUUAUAUUAAAUAUAUACCAUACA